CCGAUUUGUAGCAUCGAUGGACUCGCUCAAGACGCAGGUGAGCCAGCUCUCCGUCGACGAGAAGACGCUCGAGUGGCCCGCGGCCCGCAUCCGCGAGACGUUCGUCAACUUCUUCACGUCGCACCCGGCGCUGCCCCAUGACGAGUACAAGUCGUGCCCGGUCGUGCCCCUUGAUGACCCGACCUUGCUCUUCAUCAACGCCGGUAUGAACCAGUUCAAGCCCAUCUUCCUUGGCCAGGUCGACCCGUCGCACCCGAUGGCCAAGCUCAAGCGCGCGACCAACUCGCAAAAGUGCAUCCGCGCCGGCGGCAAGCACAACGAUCUCGACGAUGUCGGCAAGGACGUGUACCACCACACGUUUUUCGAGAUGCUUGGCAACUGGAGCUUUGGCGACUACUUCAAGAAGGACGCGGUCGACAUGAGCUGGACGCUCCUCACCAAGGUCUUUGGCCUUGAGCCCGAGCGCCUCUACGUCACGUACUUUGGCGGCGACGAGAAGCAGAACCUCCCGGCCGACGAGGAGACCCGCCAGCUCUGGCUCAAGUAUGUCCCGACCGAACGUGUCUUGCCGUUCGGCUGCAAGGACAACUUUUGGGAAAUGGGCGACGUCGGUCCGUGCGGUCCGUGCACGGAGAUCCACUACGAUCGCAUUGGCGGCCGUGACGCUGCGGCGCGCGUGAACGCCGACUUUCCCGAUGUCAUUGAGAUCUGGAACAACGUCUUUAUCCAGUUCAACCGCGAGACGGAUGGCUCGCUCGUGACCUUGCCGUCGCAGCACGUCGAUACGGGCAUGGGCUUUGAGCGUCUCGCGUCGAUCCUCCAGGGCAAGAUGUCCAACUACGACACGGACGUCUUCAUGCCGCUCUUUGGCGCGAUCCAAUCGCUCUGCAAGUCGGAGCCGUACACGGGCAAGCUCGGCGAGGAAGACCCGACGCUCAAGGACAUGGCGUACCGCGUCGUCGCCGACCACAUUCGUACGCUCAGCUUUGCGAUUGCCGAUGGCGCUGUCCCGAGUAACGAAGGCCGCGGCUACGUCCUCCGCCGCAUCCUCCGCCGCGCUGUCCGCUACGGCGAGCAGUUCCUCCACGCGCCGCGCGGUUUUCUCUCGAAGCUGGUGCCCGUGGUCGUCGAGAUGCUCUCGGGUGCGUUCCCGGAGCUCAAGACCAAGCAGGCGCACGUCAUCGAGAUCAUCUUGGACGAAGAAGUCUCGUUCGGCCGCACGCUCAACAAGGGCCUCGAGCGCUUCAAGAAGAUCGCGACCGCCAUGCAGGCCGAGAAGAAGACCGUCGUCUCGGGUGAAGACGCGUUCUUCCUCUACGACUCGAUGGGCUUCCCCGUCGACUUGACGGAAAUCAUGGCUGAAGAGCAGGGUCUCACCGUCGACCACAAGGGCUACGAAGAGCAGAUGCGCCUCCAGUCGGAGCGUUCCAAGCAGGACCGCAAGAAGGGCGGCCUUCACGGCGUGCGCCCGCUCGUGCUCGAAGCCGCCGAGACGAGCCACUUGGCGUCGCUCCACGUGGCGCCCACGAACGACGAGCCCAAGUACGUCCAGGCCAACGUCUCGGCCAAGGUCGUCGGCAUCUUUGCGACGACGGCGACCACGUCGGCGUUUGUCGACAAGACGAUUGCCGGCGAGUACCAGGCGAUCGGCGUCAUCUUGGACACGACCAGCUUCUACGCGCAGUCGGGCGGCCAGAUCUACGAUACGGGUGCCCUUGUGAGCAAGGCCGGUCACGUUGAUGUCAACGCGGUCGAGUCGUACGCUGGCUACACGCUCCACAUGGGUCCGUUGACGUCGGGCUCGCUCGCGGUCGGCGACGUGGUCGAGGCCAAGGUCGACUAUGUGCGCCGCAACAAGAUUGCGCCCAACCACACGAUGACGCACGUGCUCAACUACGCGCUUCGCAAGGUGCUCGGCGGCACGGUCGACCAGCGCGGCUCGCUCGUCGACGACGCGCGCCUCCGCUUCGACUUUACGACCAACAAGGCGCUCAAGCCCGACCAGAUCGCGGCCGUCGAGGGCAUCGUCAAGGACAUCAUCGCGCAGCAGCUGCCCGUGUACGUCCAGGACGCGCCCCAGGCUCACGCCAAGCGCAUCCAGGGCCUCCGCGCCGUCUUUGGCGAGACGUACCCGGACAACGUCCGCGUGGUCUCGAUUGGCGCUGCGAUUCCGUCGAUGCUCCAGGACCCCGAGAACGCGGCGUGGGCGCAGUACUCUGUCGAGUUCUGCGGUGGCACCCACCUUGGUAACACGAAGGAGGCUGUCGCGUUUGCGUUGCUUGAAGAAGGCGCGAUCGCCAAGGGCAUUCGCCGCAUGAGCGCGUCGACGGGCCAGGCGGCUAUUGAAGCCGGCAAGCGCGCGGACGCGCUCCAGGCCCAGCUUGAAGCCAUGGCCAAGGCGCCGGUGGCCGAGAUCGCGGCGGCCGUCGCUGCCUUCCGCCCGCAGCUCGAUGCCAGCAUCAUCUCGCUCCCGCGCAAGGAGGCGCUUCGCGGCCUCCUCAACGACUUGGUUGAGAAGAUCAAGGCGUGGCAGAAGGAGGAAGCCGCGUCCCGCGCGGCCGCCGGUGUCAAGACGGUGUCGGCGCUCGCGGCGACGGCGCUUGCCAACCACCAGGAGUUCUUGGUCCUCAACUUGGAACUCGGCACGGACGCCAAGCUCGGCAACCAGCUCUUGGAAGCUAUCACGCAGGUCCACCCGCAGGCGAGUGCGAUCGUCUUCAGCGUCGACGCUGAGGCGGCCAAGACGGCGGCGUUCUGCCAAGUGAGCCAGAAGCACAACGGCGAGAAGCAGUUGGAUGCCAAGACGUGGGUCAACGCGGCCAUGGUCUCCAUGGGCGGCAAGGGCGGUGGCAAGAACGCCUUCAACGCCACGGGCCAGGCCAAGACGACCGACAACUUGCAGCAGGCGAUCCUCGACGCCAAGAAGUUUGUCGGCCUCAACUAAGUGCACGGUAGUAGGACUAGGUACUAAUUCAUGUGAAAGAUGAUGAUGAUUCUUCC